ACACAGAAAUAUGUAUAUGUAUAUGACAUGGAGAAUGCGAAUGGCUGAGUGUUUGACACGUGAUUGGGAAUUUGAAACAACAAGUACACCGCAGCAGUACGACAAGUAUUGCGCUCCUAACGCAGCGCAAAUGUCCUACUUUAAUAGUAUAGUGGGGGAACAUUGAAGCUUAUUGUUACCUAGACAGGUGGAAAGUGGGCAUCGUUAAAUUACAGUACGUUAUUAAUUUGCGGUCGUCCGCUGAAGCGACCGGUUCUCCUCGAGUACAAUUGAUACUCCAGCGAUAUAAAUUCAAAUUAUUUUUCAUGCGUUAAUCCAAUUUAGUGUCGUGUUAGUGUUUUUAUUUUAUACGUAUUUUUAAACAAAGCUUCGAGAGCAUUAAGAGGAAACGCUGGAAGAGGAGGCUUGGAUCGGGAUGACCAGCCGUUUUUGGAAAACGUUGUCGCGGCGGCGUUGUUUAGAAGAGAAUGAAGAGACGAAAGUUGAGCAAUUGGCACGGGUCCUUGGUUUAUUCGACUUGACCGCGCUUGGCGUGGGCGCGACUCUCGGUUUAGGCGUCUACGUUCUUGCUGGAAGCGUGGCCAAAGAAACGGCCGGUCCGGCCGUUACUAUUUCUUUCUUUAUAGCCGCCGUCGCGUCCGCUUUCGCGGGCAUGUGCUACGCGGAAUUUGCAUCAAGAGUGCCGAAAGCUGGAUCAGCGUAUGUUUACAGUUACGUGACAGUAGGCGAGUUCAUCGCUUUCGUGAUAGGAUGGAAUUUAAUUUUGGAGUACGUAAUUGGUACAGCGAGCGUCGCCCGAGGACUCAGCAGCUACAUCGACGCAUUGAUAGGAAACGUCAUGGCUGACUUCUUGCGCUCCGUUAUGCCCAUAAAUAUCCCUUUCUUAUCGGAAUAUCCCGACUUUUUCGCCUUUGCGAUGGUCAUGUUGUUAGUAGUACUCCUAUGCGUGGGAGUGAGGGAAUCGUCCAUCUUAAACAAUAUAUUUACCAUUAUAAAUUUGAUAACUAUCACGAUCGUCAUUGUCGCAGGUUCGAUAAAAGCGGAUCCGUCAAACUGGUCGAUCGCUCCCGAAGACAUUCCGAAUUCCGUGAAACACGGAGGAGCGGGUGGGUUCAUGCCGUUCGGUGUCAGCGGAGUGAUGAUGGGAGCGGCCAAAUGUUUCUACGGAUUCGUGGGAUUUGACGCAGUCGCUACCACCGGCGAGGAAGCCAGGAAUCCCCAACGUCACAUCCCUCUAGCGAUCGUACUAUCUCUCCUUAUUAUAUUCAUAGCAUACUUUGGCGUCUCGACAGUCCUAACGAUGUUACUGCCUUACUACGCUCAGAAUGCGGAUGCGCCGUUUCCGCACGCGUUCGACAAGGUCGGAUGGCUCGUUAUUAAAUGGAUCGUCAACGUAGGCGCGGUGUUCGCGCUCUGCACCAGUCUCUUGGGCGCUAUGUUUCCCUUACCGCGUGUAUUAUACGCCAUGGCCAGCGACGGGGUGAUAUUCAAGAUUCUUUCCAAAGUGCAUCCCAAGACCAUGACGCCUAUACACGGCACGGUGCUCUCUGGUUUACUUAUUGGUCUUAUGACACUCAUCUUCAAUCUGCAUCAGUUGAUCGACAUGAUGUCUAUCGGGACUCUACUUGCGUACACGAUAGUAGCAAUAUGCGUCUUGAUAUUGAGAUAUCAAAAAGAAGAAAAUUCUAGCGAUACUCCUACGGUACUACCAGCGAAUGAUUACGAAUUUACGCCUGUAAACAUAUUUAAGGAAUUAUUUAAUUUGCAGAAUCAAAAGGAACCAACGGAGCUUUCUACUAGAAUUGCAAACAUUGGCACUGUCUUACUCUGUAUUAUUAUAUGCAUCAUCACUUUUCUGAUAAGUAACAUGAGCGCGUACUUGCUCGCAGGAAAUAUCGUGAUAUCUGUGAUACUAAUUGUACUCGUAAUUGUUCUAUUUUUAAAUUUAGCAGCGAUCGGUAGACAACCGGUACAGAAAGUUGAAUUGUCUUUCAAGGUACCUCUCGUUCCGCUUAUUCCAUGUCUCAGUAUUUUUAUAAAUAUAUAUUUAAUGUUCCAACUAGACGUUUUUACGUGGAUCAGAUUUGCCACUUGGCUGCUAAUCGGUAAGUCUUAUCAUAUUAUUUAAAAGUAAAAUGAAAGUAUGCCCGAGUUAAAAUCGGAACUUUAAAGGUUUCUUUAGAUCAGAUAUUAUUGC